AUGGCACGUAUCAUAGACCUGGUGUUAUUUGGGGCCAAUGGGUGUACCGGCCAACAUGUGAUCCCUAUACUCCAUAAAUUGGCCCAGGCAAAAACGCCUCCACUCACUUGGGGGAUCGCCGGCCGUUCCAAACAAAAAUUACAAGUUUUACGACAACAGUUCGAACAAAAAAUCGGUACUUCACUGAAUAAUAUCCCGGUCAUCGUUGCCGACGUUCACAACAAAUCAUCUCUAAUCGAAAUGGCACAACAGGCCCGUAUCGUUUUAAACUGUUGCGGCCCUUACAGAUUUUAUGGUGAGCCAGUGGUGCAAGUGUGCAUCGACGAAGAAACUCACUAUGUAGAUAUCAGUGGAGAACCACAUUUCAUGGAAGAAAUGCAGCUGAAAUAUAGUGAAAAAGCUAGACAGAAAGGCGUGUAUGUUAUCAGUGCUUGUGGCAUCGACAGUAUUCCUAUCGACCUAGGAGUGGUGUUUUUGCAACAAAAGUUCAAUGGUACUUUGAACUCAAUCAACGCGUUUAUUGAAAUCUGGGAAACGAAAGCCGUGAAAAGUCCAUUCAUGACCUAUGGCACUUGGGAGAGUGCAAUUCAUGGGCUAGCACACGCCAAGGACCUGGGGGCGGUUCGAAAAAAGUUGUUCUCUAAUAAGUUGCCCGUUUUUGAGCCCAAACUACAAGUCAUAACACGUCCCCAUAAAUCUAAGCUCCCACAAGGCUGGGCGGUACCUUUUCCAGGUGCGGAUCGUUCCGUCGUCAAAAGAUCUCAACGCUUUUUCUACGAACGAGCCAAAAAACGUCCAGUUCAAAUCGAGGUCUACUUAAUCCUAAAAUCCUUCCGGACUAUACCAAAAUUAGCUAUGUUAAAUUUUGUUGUUCAAAGUUUAGCACAAUACAAACGGGGGCAGGAACUCUUACUAGAACAUCCUGAAAAAUUCAGCAAUGGGGUCUUCACCAAGGGUGCCCCAAGCGAAGAAAAAAAUGAGAAUUCGCGUUUUACGGUUACCCUGUGUGGUGAAGGUUGGAAAGAGGGGGUUGCUCACGCUGACCAUAAGCAUACAGUUCCUCCAAAUAAAGCGAUAUGCGGAAAAGUGAAUGUAAUCAGUCCGGCUUAUGGUGGAACAUGUAUGUUGUUAGUGCUUUCUGGUAUUAUUGUCAUCACGGAAACCGAAAAAAUGCCCCCUGCUGGGGGUGUGUACUCUCCGGGGUACGCUUUCGCCAAUACUACCCUUAUUGAGCAGCUUAAUCAAAAUGGGGUUACGUUCGAAGUGGUCUUUGAAAAAGAUUUGCUUAGUGCUAAAUAUUGA